AUGUUGAUGGGAUCCCCGUUAAUGAUAAAAACUCCGGCUAAAAAAACACCACUGCGAUUUCAAACUACUGGUAGUAAUGCAAUUAAUUAUAAUGGUAGCAACAACAUAUUUAAUGUUAAUGAUAGCAGCGUUACCAAAAAUAUUUUGGGUACUACACCACUAAGAAAUUUAGAUUUGAAUGUUUUAUUCAACCUAGGGAACAGUAAUAAUAAGAAGAUUACUCCUUGUAGGAGAUAUUUGAAUUUAACACCAUUUAAUAAAAAUUUAUUAAAUAACAACAAUAGUAAUAGUGCCAAAAGUACUAAUAAUGCCAGCAACAAUAGCAAUAACAUUAUUAUGAAAUUUAUGACCACAAACAAUAACAGCAAACCGCAAGGAGAAUGUACUCCACUGUUUGACGUUGAAAAGAGUGGAGGCGUUAUUAUUAGAACUGAGAACACACCGACUUUACUUAUUGAUGAUGAUAGUUCGCAAAAUUUAAACGCUGAUAUCCUUGGUAAUAGCACUGUCAAUAAGGUACUCCAGCAACAGAGUCAUAAAAUUAUAGAAAGAACAAAAAUGGUUAAUGAGGAUGCUAAUAAUAAUGAUAACUUGAAAUUAUCACUCCAUUUAAAUGACAGCAUUAACAACACCAACGAGACGCAGAAAAGGAUGAAUAAUAUAAUACUUAAUGAAAACGCUCAUAUUCCAUCUUUACAGAUAUCCGAAGCUACCGCUGUCGAGAACGAUGACCUAAAUUCUUCUCCAACUACUAUUCAACUAGAAGAAUCAGCGGUUAAAAAACAACCGGCUGACUUGAUACCCGCCAGUCCUUCUUCUGUUUUUUUAUUAAGAGAAUUAACGUUAUCACCAACACCACGCACCAAAGUCAAAAGGAAUAAGAAAAGGAAUAAUAAUGGUGGAGAGGAAGAUGAUGUUUCGCUUCUUACAAAAAAGAUGGGAAUUGAUGAGGGGAUACCACCAGCACAGAUAAUGAUACCACCUCUGCAAAAAGCACAUACCGUAACUGGCGCUGGGUUAAUGGAGCUACAUUCGUCUAACCAAUCAAAUACAGAAGAUGAAGGAGUAGAUGAAGGAGACGUUGAGCUGAAGUGGAAAGAAGAUGUAAAAGCUUUGAGGCUAGGAAAUAAUGCGAACAAGGUGUUAGAUGUUGUACCAGAAUUGCCUAAAAUGGGAUCAUUUAAUAUUUCAAAAAGUGUUGUGACACCAAUAAAUAAGAAUACCUUUACGAAUGCCUCUAAAAAAAGAAAACGGUCUAUUUCCAAUAAUAGUACUAAUUCAUCGGUAUUCACUUCCUUUUCAAACAAAAAGAAGAAGAAUAAGAAGAAGAAUUGUAACUUUUCCAGUAAUAAAAAAAACAAUAAGGGGGCUACUAAUAAUAGAUUUCACAUUAUUGUUACAGAUCCAAACAUGUUUGGGCCUGCAUUACCUGCUCCAACAAAAAAAUCUAGACGAAGAACACUUAGUUUGAAAAGAAGUAAAUCUGAAACUUUUGGUGACAGUAAUAAAAAGGGAAAAGAAGAAUAG